AUGUCUAAAACCUUGCCAGGCCUUACGCAUCUUACGAAUACGGCCGUUGCAGGAUUUGAUUUCGAUUCAGAAACAAAGAUUGAUCGCCAUCAUUCCGACUCAGGUGAGAGACCCUCGCCUAAUCUAGACAAUAUGUCAAAUAAGCUUGGUAGGGACAGAGCUGGAAGCGCCAGCGCAAUUCCGAAGACAAUUAAGGAGAAAAGAGAUUCUUUCUUCAAAUAUGCUAAAUCGAGAUGGAGAGAAAACAGUUUUUCUCUGAACAAGAGCAAGCAGGAGAACGAUGACUGCACCAAGGGCCUCGACGUCCAAAAGUAA